AUGGCGGACCAAGCCGCGGUGUCCAAAGCUUUGGAAGAUGCCAUCAAAAACGCGCAAGAAUGCGUGGACGAUUGCGCCGCGAACUGGGACGUGGUGGAGGAAAUCUCCGCCGCGUCUGCGCACGCCAAGAAAGAACCGGCGGCGGUCGAUGCGGAAGUGUCCAAAGAAGAUUUGGCGUUUAUCAAAGCUUCCCAAGAUGCAUUGAAAGCGGCCAAGUCUGGGGAGAUGGACAAGGCGGUUUUGGAUUCCAUCGAAACCGCGGCGAAGAGUUUGGGCAAAGUUCAAGGUAAAGUGAAGGAGAGCGCGAGAGUGAAGGAACUUUCCAAGUCUUUGGAAAUCGCGUUGAAAGCGGCUAAGGAGUGCACCGAGGAUUGCGCGGUCGAGUGGGAAACGGUCGAGGAGAUUAGCGACGCGAAGGAAAGAGAGCAAGCGAAGGGCAACUAA